UAACCAACAAACUGAAUGCGAUAUACAUCAAAGAUAGAACUCCGCGCCAGUGGACAAAAAAGUUAUCCGAACCUUUAAUAGAAACUUCAAUUUAUAUUUUCAAUAUGAUUAAAGAUUGAUUAUUCGAAAUUAAUCGAAAGAGAGAAAUUCCUCAUGGAGACCGAAGCACGUAAAGGUUCGAAUCGCAGUAACCGGAUUUAGACGAUCUCAAUCAAAAACCUCAAUUAAAGUAAACUGAAUAUAGCAAGGUUUGAAAAGGCACGUUAGAUUUUUAAUAAAAAGGCAUGGACAGAAUCCUCCGUCAGGUCUGAGAUAAGCGACCGGUAGAGACCUGGUAUGUUGCUGAAACGUGUUGCCGGAAUUUUUCUUCCAAAAUGUCUAACUCGGCAACGACUCUGGUGUUCAAAAAUUCCUUCAAUUAAACCAGUUGCAUAAUCUCUCUUUUAAAAUUUCCUUGGGUAUGAUGGUCUAUAUCGGAAAUUAAUGAGACUAAAGUUACAUUAACUUCUUUAAUUUCUGCGGCAUCGGAACUCCUCUUGAUGAUAGAUAUUGUGUUGGCGGGGAAUAUCGUGCGCGACUAGUUUGAUUCAUGAGAAAAUAUUAAUCGAUGAUAUUUGAAAUGAUGAUGGAAUCCCAAACAAAAUAUUCUUUACAUAUUGAUGUUCUUAUUGUUAGAGUCUAGCAUACCCUUUUACAAUUGUUUAUAAACCUGAUAUAAUGGAAAUGAAAUGCAAGAGUUUAUUCAAAGUUCAUAUCGCAGAUACUGAAUUCAUUAAAUCUACCUAUCUGUACCUUAUAAACGAAAAGCGUAAUCUGUGCAGCUGUGAAAUUUAAAAUUUAAAGCAGUGGAAUUUUUAUUGCUUGUAAACGGAUCUAUAUUUGAUAGCAGUUAUAAAAAAUUAUAUCUGUAGGAAUGACAUAAGUACACUUGAGAGUUUAUGAUGCCACACACAUUAAAAUAGAGCAGCAACAUGCCUUAAUAUUUGAGUCUUUGUACAACGCUAAAAUCAUAUUCAUGAUUGCACAUUAAAACGAGUAAAUGCUAUUGCCAUUUGAAAGAGGGCACACAAAAGCACUUUGUUGUCAUCCACUCUUUUCAAAUAUCGGAUAACAGCCAUAUAUAACCAUUCAUCCGCAUUUAGAAUUACAUUUUGAAUCUUAUUUCUGCACCCCACUGGGUCUUGCAAUCAAUAUCACAAGGAAGCCCCUCUUUUCUUGGUCUGUGUAACAGUCAGUAGAUCCCUUGGACGUAGGGGAAGCUCAAUCGCUUGGAAGCUGUUUUGUGUGUAAUGAAAGCAAUUCGACCAUGUUAGAAUAAUUUUAUAUGCAAUGAGCGAGAAGUUUCAUAUGAACGAUGAGAAAAAAGGACGGACAAUAAAGCAAUCGAUAAGCUAAAUAAAUUCUAAAUGUAUUCUACGGGGAUUUUUUCGAUCUUUUUUUCCUUGAUACUGGGAUGAAACCUAAGUCUGAAUUGAAUCAUGAAAGGUGUAUUCAUUUCUUGAAUCUGUGAGAACUUGUAUUAACGCGUGUGUAUGUAAAGAAGAGAAAAGGCAGUUCCGGCUUGGUCGACAGGUAGAAAUCUCAGGAGAGGAGUGGAUAUAUUUUCUGCGUACAAGUCAAUUGUCUGAAAUAUUUGUUUUAUCCUCCCAUCGAAAGAAACGUUUUAUAGCGAGCAUCUCGUAGAUCCCUCAUAAGGAGUAUAUUUAUUGCCCCAUCAAUACCAUGUCAUAGAUACACAACCUGAGGGCCUUGAUUUAAAAAGUCGAAUUGGAUCGCGCAUGAGGAUUCGCCUGUGAUACGGACCAAUAGGCGAUAGAGAGAGUAUAACAGAGCUGAAGUCUUGUGACAAUUUACUGAAGUGUUAUACGAUCCUGGCCGAUAAUUGCUUAUAUCGAUAGAUAAAUGACUGUGGACAAUUUGGGGCCGAAAAUUAACACCUCCAUAAACGGAUGUAUACCAUGACCACACGAUAGAUAAGAAAUUGCUGGGGAAAAGCUAGACGAAAAGAAACAUGGAGGGACUGCCUGGAAUCGAAGUCCUAUUCCGGGAACACAAAAGACUUGCAUCGAAGCUGACAAAAGAUGAGAUGAGAGCACUGCGGAGUUACCUAGACAACCGGCUGGUGGUUGAACACAAUGACUUACUGUUUAACAUCAAGAAACUGAAAACUAACUUCGAUAUGAAAACAUUGGAAAUGGAAGAAACAAUAUCCAGACUUCAGAAAGAUGUAGAAUUUAAGAAUGAACUGAUGCUACAGUACAAAUCUACAGACACUAGCUUAGCCACAGUUCAUAAAAGACGAGAGGAGCGUUUAGAAAAAGAGCAGACAGUCCUCCAAUCGGACAUAGACCGACUCAAUGCGGACCUUCUAUCUCUGACUCGCAAAAUUGAACAGGUUACCCGCGAACGAAAUCUCUAUGAAAAAGAAAUCAAAGAUGCGCGGAUUAAAAUUUCUGAGUUGGAAAAAAUUGCGGAAAAGGUAGAAGCUGCCGAGAAAUUGAUUAUUGACCAUGAAAAAAUGAAGCAGGAUCUUGUUCGAAGUAAAAUGAACGUGGAUAAUAGGGAUAGGGAAAUUCAAAGACUUCAUAACGUGAAUGAAAAUCUGUCAAAGGAAUUCUCGGAAAAAAGCAAGUUGAUAGCGAAGCUUAAUGAAGACUUUGAAAGCUGUCGCAUAGAGAUAGCACGACUUGCCAAAGAAUUGGCGACUAAAUCCGACAAUCUUGCGAUUGCAAAAUAUAAUCUGGAUAUUGAAAAUCAGAAGGUUCGUGAAUUAGAAAAAGAAAUAAAAAAGUUACAAGAAUCAACGGAACCUGAAAAAGACCACAAACUGGAGAAUGGUCGAUCAGACUCAUUAGCCCUGCGUGUUGAGCUGCUUAACAUUCACCAAAAACACUUAGAUGGCAGGGUAAAGUUACUAGAGGAAAAAGUCCAAAUGUACCGUAAUCAAGCUAGAAUUAUCAGCAGCGAUCUUGCCAAAAUCUCACAGGAUAUUUCAAAUAUGACACAGCUCCAUGACAAAGUAGUCGUCCAUGGUUCAACAUCAAUUGAAAAGUCAUUGCUCGAGAUUUGUGACAGUAUGCAAGGCCGUAGAACAAACAUAGAGUCUGUACUCGAUGAUUUAUCAUCGCAGGUGCCGCCUAUCAUAUCGAAGGAUGUGUUGGCAAUCAAACACGAUGUCAUGGCUGUCAAAAAGCAAGCUGAAGCUUUUAAAGCAACUGAAAUAGUCAACAAGUGUUUUCGUCUGGUUCAGCGAAUAGAAGCUUGCGAAAAAACACAGUUGUUUAUCAGUUCACCAAAGGGGCUUAUUACUUCACCUUCCAAUGGUUACAAAGAUAAUAACGACAAUAUUGUCAUGACAACUCCAAGAUCGGAAGUAGAUAAAACGAGGCGACGAUCGGAUGGAGUAGUGAAUGUGAAUUCCCAGUCGCCACCCUGCUUUGUGAGAAGGAAAACGUCCACAACACCUCACCUCCUUCGCUCCAGAACAUCUCACCCACCGGCGCCGUUCUCAGCAUGGCGGAGGAAAAGCUCAGUUUCUUUCGAGAGCUGUCACAGUGUUACUCCAAGUUUAAUUGACUUAAGCUUGACUUCCCCUGGAGCCCAGAGUCCGAGGGAGAAAACAAGGACAUUCUUCCCCUAAAAAAUUGGGAAGUAGAAUUUGACAAAAAUAGUGCUUCUUGUUUGGGUUUUAACUAUGUUAUUUUUUUUUUCAAACGGUAUUGAAAGUUUAGACGUACGUUUGGGAAGUGAUUAAGAGUUUACGACAUGUGAUUUAAUCAUGUGCAGGCAUAUAUAUGAUACAUAGAAUGGAUCAUAACUGAAAAUGAAAGUAUAUGAUAAAUG